GUUCUUCCUGUAUACUUCCUGGAGUGAACGCCUCCCAAAUAUGUGGCGAUCCAAACACAGGAGCGCUGUAGACCUUUGACACAGCAAGCCACAGAACACAUCACAACACAGCUAAAGUUAACUCGCUGCAGUUCAAGAUGUUUUUGUGGCCGUAUCUCGCACCUUUUCUGCUGAUAACAGCUCACCUCUGCAAAGCCCUUCCGGUUCCGAAUAGAUGUGAGAAAUUCACAGACCUAAAACUCCAUCACUCCAUCAUCGGCACAAGACUCAGAGUCAGGCUGUUGCUCUACACCAGAGAUGACGACAGCUGUGGCGCCCUCCUGUCCCACACCAACCUGACCGCGCAUCCCCAGUUCAACAUGUCCAAACCAACCACCUUCGUCGUCCACGGAUAUCGGCUCACCGGAUCUCCCCUUUGGUUGGGCGACCUCACAAAGAGACUGCUGGCCAAAGAAGACAUGAAUGUUGUAAUAGUGGACUGGAACUAUGGAGCUGCUACUCUUAAUUACCUUAAGGCAGUGAAAAAUGCAUACAAAGUGGCAGAGAACCUCACUGCUUUCAUUAAAAUGAUGCAGGAUCACGGUGCUUCUCUGAGCUCGCUGCACAUGAUUGGAGUCAGCCUGGGAGCCCACAUUUCCGGUUUCGUGGGAGCUAAUCUGAACAGCUCGAUCGGAAGAAUAACAGCUCUGGAUCCCGCUGGGCCCAGUUUCACUGGCAACCCUCCAAAAGACCGACUGGACCCCACAGACGCUCAGUUUGUCGACGUGCUGCACACAGACAUCGAUUUUCUGGGAUACAGGGCACCACUGGGUCAUGUUGAUUUCUAUGCCAACGGGGGAACAGACCAGCCUGGCUGUGCAAAGACUUUGUUUUCCGGAUCCUCCUAUUUUAAAUGCGACCACCAGAGGGCAGUGUUUCUUUUUCUGGACACUAUAAAUGAGACGUGCAGCAGCCCGGCGUUCCCCUGUUCCUCCUUUGCGGAUUUUCAGGAUGGAAAAUGCACAAGCUGCGACUCAUUUGGCGAUGCUGGAUGUCCUAUUUUUGGUUAUGAUAUCAUCCAGAGAAAGGAUAUACUGAUUCAACAGAAGCAAACAAAGUACUACUUCACCACAAAUGCAGAGUCUCCAUUUUGCGUGUCAAGCUACAAAGUGGAUGUGAAGAUUUGGAAUAAGAACACGCACUGGGGGUAUAUAGAUAUUAAGUUACGUAAUGGUUCUACGGAAGCAAAGGAAGUCAUUGAGCAUAAAGCAACGAACUUCAACAAGAGCACAGACACCACACUGCUUGCUCAGUUUGACAGAGACAUUGAGCGAGUGAAGACGGUCGUUCUGAAAUACCACCCUGGAAGAGCGUGUCACUCCCAACGUAAGCUCCGGAUCCUCAAAAUCCGUUUCACGCCACUGGAUCACAAGGAGAGGGCUCUGUGUCGGUACGACGUUCUUCUUGAGAAUAAGAAAGAAGUCGAGGUCGCCCUUUAUCCAUGUGUAGAAACCCAGCCCUGAAAUCAAGCUGAACACGGCAUGAAGAACUUUCAUGACGAAGAGUCCUCUGGCUCAUCGGUGUCUCAAGGAUAGGUCAAUGAGAAAACAUCAUGGAUGUCAAAUAGAUUAUUUGAAAAGGCACCACCCGGUCAAUCACAUGACUUCUGAUAUUUUACUUUAA